UUAUUCCAAACCGUACCUUCAACCGAGGUCCAGGAUUGCAGGAGCGUACUUAGUCGAGUACUAAAUGUUCCUGAGUAUUCCGAUCGUGUAAGGGGUAAGGGUUUUGGUGUGACUCCGUCGUCAUUUUAUAAAAAAACAAAAACAAAAAAUCCUACCAACAAAGAGGUGAUGGAGACCUUGGCGGAGUUAAGGGCACAAGUACUCCAACUGCAAAACGAGAAUGCAAGGUAUAGAGAGGAAAGGUGCGCUUCCGAGGCAAAAGAUACUAGUGACCGAGCUAGUAUCAAUUAUCAACCGAAAUUUCCCGAGGGCAUUUCACCUUGUCAGCUGUAUCUAUCGUCACCAACUUAUCGCAUGGUUGGCAAGGGAAAAGUGCACAAUACUUCGGGUGAAUUACUUCACCAUAAUCCCCUCCCGGUGGGAUUUAUGAAAGUUUCGGUUGACCUUGUAUUAGAUACGGACGCCCUUCUCCCAUUACCCGACGUUGUUUCAGAGACAACGUUGAUGCGAGAUGCAGUCGGAUCCUUUGUUGGUUGGCCGUCAGAUCUAAUUUUCCCAGAUGCCGAGGUAUAUAUAUUCUAAAUGAUUAUGAAUAUUUAGUAUUCACAUUUCAAUUCAGCUACAAUUAUGAUAUUUAAUCAAUCCUUAUUACAUGGUAAUGUUAGACUCCUACAAGACCCACCCCUAAAGCUGGUAAAGGGAUUUCAAAACGCAUCGAGUCGGUUGCAUCUAAAAAAGAGGUACAAAUAUAUAUACCCAUUGAAUUAUAUACGCAACGAUUCUUUUGCAUCACAAAAAGUAAUGAUUUAUUUUAUAUGAAUUUUUAGGUUCCCGGUCGAAAGUUGAAAAGCGAUGGUAAGGAUAUUCCAACGAAGGAUAUUCCAACGAAGGAUAUUCCAACGAAGGAUAUUCCAACGACGGCCGGGACAAAAUCUCAAAUUAUGAUGCGUCUUGAGAAAAUGGUGGAAGAGUCCGAUAUUAUGGACGGGUCCAUUCGUAGUAUAGAUUUUAAUGAAGGUGUUUUCGGAAAAGCUCAUUUCGAAAUAAUUGGAAAGGAGG